GGAGGACGGCUCUACUUGGGACCCAGAAACUGACCCAGAGAGUUUCGCUUACUGCCCGUUCAGGCUGGAUUCCCAGAAAUACUGGAUCAGUGAAGGGGGUGGGGGUAGACCUAGAUAAACAGAUCAAAGGUGAAUGGGGCCUUGCAGGCCACUGAGUGAGAUCCAGCUAGGAGACGGGAACAUGGACUUCCUGAGCAGGCUGAGUCUCUUACUGGCAAUGGUGAUGCAGCAAGUGGGCAGCAGCCCAUGGCCAAAGGCCGUAUUUGGACGCCUCACAUCCCCCGGCUUUCCCGAAGUGUACCCCAACAAUGAGGAGCAGAGCUGGAACCUGAUAGCCCCCCCUGGCUACCGAAUCAGUCUCUACUUCACCCACUUCAAUCUGGAGCUGUCCUAUCUCUGCGAAUACGACUUUGUGAAGCUCUACUCUGGGGACAAGCUGCUGGCCACGCUGUGUGGGCAGGAGAGCACGGACACCGAGCGGGCGCCUGGCAACCACACCUUCCACUCAGUGGGCAGCAACCUCCGCGUCGUCUUCCGCUCUGACUAUUCCAAUGAGAAAGAUUUCACUGGCUUUGAGGCUUUCUAUGCCGCUGAGGACAUUGAUGAGUGCCAGGUGCCACCUGGAGCAGACCCCAUCUGUGACCACUACUGCCACAAUUAUCUGGGCGGCUUCUACUGCUCCUGCCGAGCAGGCUUCAAACUCCACAAAGACAAGCACACCUGCUCAGCCCAGUGCUCAGGCCAGGUCUUCACUGAAAGAUCUGGAGUGAUUAUGAGCCCCGACUACCCCCAGGCCUACCCCAAACUCUCCAGCUGCAGCUAUAGCAUCCAGUUGGAAGAUGGAUUCAAUGUCAUCCUGGAAUUUGAGGGCUCCUUUGAUGUGGAAACUCACCCAGAGACCCCGUGUCCCUAUGACAUCCUGAAGAUUAAAACAGACAAGGGGGAAUAUGGGCCAUUCUGUGGACAGACCUCACCACGCCAGAUUAACACCAGAAGCCACACUGCGACUAUCAUCUUCAUCACGGAUGCCUCGGGAGACCACACCGGCUGGAAGAUACGAUACUGGGGCACAGCUCAGCCAUGCCCUAUUCCAAUAUCGCCACCUCAUGGCCGCAUCGCGCCAGUGCAACCGAAAUACAUCAUGACGGAACACUUCUCUCUCUCUUGUGAGACGGGAUACGUCCUUUCCAAAGAUGAAAGGAUUUUGGAGUCUUUUACUGCAGUCUGUCAGAAAGGUGGAACCUGGGACCAAGCAAUGCCAGAAUGCAGCAUUGUUGACUGUGGCCCGCCCGACGAUCUACUCAAUGGCCAAGUGACAUACAUCACAGAUGGUGAAGUGACCACAUAUGAAGCUGUGAUUCAAUAUAGCUGCAAGGACCCCUUCUACACUAUGAAAAUGAAUAAUGAUGGUAAAUAUCGGUGUGGGGCUGAUGGCUUCUGGAAGAGCUCCAAGGGAGAAAAUUCACUCCCAGUCUGUGAGCCUGUUUGUGGUGUGGCAUCUCAGAGGAUGGAGCGAGUGCUUGGAGGGAGCAAGGCCAAGCUCGGUGAAUUUCCCUGGCAAGUCAUGCUGCUAGGGGAAGCUCUGGCUGGAGGCGCGCUGUUAUAUGACAACUGGGUUCUCACGGCUGCUCAUGCAGUAUAUGAACAGAGAGACCUAUCGUCUCUGGAAAUCAGGAUGGGCGCUCUGAAGAGAGUAUCACCUCAUUACACAGAAGCCUGGGCAGACGCAGUCUUUAUACAUGAGGGUUAUACAUAUGAUGAGGCCAACUUUGACAAUGACAUCGCACUGAUUAAGCUAAAGACACGUGUUGAGAUCAACAGGAAUGUCACACCGAUUUGCUUGCCAAGAAAAAACGGAACCCAUGUGAAAACAAAUGAUUUGGGAAUGGUGUCUGGCUGGGGAAGGACUGAAAAGGCUCUCAGAGCCCAGAGCCUAAUGUAUGUUGAGUUACCAGUUGUAGACUGGCAAACAUGUCUGGCAGCAUUCGAAAAGAAGAAGUCCCCGGGAGGGAAGCCUCUUGUCCUAACAGACAACAUGCUAUGUGCUGGUUUUCAAAGUGGUGGAAAGGAUUCUUGUUCCGGGGACAGUGGAGGGCCCUUAGUGUUUCUAGACCAUGAGACUAGAAAAUGGUUUGUAGGAGGGAUAGUGUCCUGGGGCUUAGGAUGCGGUGAGGCGAAUCAGUAUGGAGUUUAUACCAAUGUUGUUAACUAUAUUUCUUGGAUUGAGAACAUAAUUCUGAAUAAUUCUUAAAAUUGCAAAAACUUUCAAUAACUUCUCCCUUAAUAAAAAGUACUUUCCAAGCAACCUAUAUUCUAAGUGUCUAACAAAGUAGCCUAAAAUGUGGAAUACCAACAUGAACUUAAAACUGUUAAAAAAAGAACGAAAAUAUUCUAAGAUGAAGUUUCUGAAAACUCGACACACAAGACUGUAUCUGUAGCAGCCCAGGUUAACCUGACUACCUUCAGAGCAGUACAUGUCUACUCUGAAGAGGAACUGUAUUCAGAGUUGCUUUUCUAAUACUGAGCAGGACUUGCUUCUUUCCAUCCACUCUUCAGCCAAUCCCCCUUGUGACUAAUGUGCAGAGUAUCACACUGCAGGCCAUGAUCACUACUACAGGUCACUUCUCUGCACCUAUGCCAUCACUGAGAAAAUGGAAAUGUAUAAAUGCAUAUACUGCUCCUAAGAAUCAAAAUGAGAUUGUGAAGACGCUUUGUUGUUGCAAUGUACUAAAUAAAUGUAAAUGGUAAACUCUAAGAUACAACACUCCGGGAAGAAGGAGGGUUAAGCUGAGCAUUCACAACACGGAGCCACGUUCCUCAGAAUUUCCUAAAUGGCAACAACUGACAAGAGCAGCAGAAAGCACUGUUCCACGUGGUGGGAGGAGAGAUACUGGUUUUAAUUUCUUUACUGACACCCACUAGAUAUGAGUACACUAGUCACAACUGUGACAUUCUUCACUCAUGCCUGAGGUGCCUGUCUCAGGGGUGCUGAGGACCAAAAAUGUUGUGCACCCUUUAAGGUGUCAUGUGCAAACUAUUAUGAAGUCACCGCUUCCCAUUCCGUUCCCAGCAUACACUUAAGGUAACAUUUGGAGGACAAUGCACUUAAAAAACUCUUUGGUUCAACCUUCUAAUCUUUUUGACAUUUCAGAAGUCUAUAUCCUUAAAACAUGAUGAAAUCUCUUCAGUUCAGCUGCUCUAAGUAUCACCCUACAUUAAGCUUCACUGUGGAGCUGAGUAAUUAUAUACUUUUAUGUAUGAGGCACUUCCUAUAGAUGAUUAAGUGCCUUCCAGUUUCCUAGACACAAAUGGAAAAAAAAAAAGCU